GUAAGUGAAUAAUCAGCCUAAACCAAAUGUUAGCACAGGAAGUGGUAUCUGUAUGUUUAUAACAUGCAUUCUGCUUUUAUCAGUGAAACACACGCAUUUUGACCAGGAGUGGAUGAACAGUACAGUGGAGCAAUGCAGCUCAACAGAGCUCUCGUCUUCCUUUGUCUGGUGAUUGUAGUGGUCACAGGUGCACAGAAGGACCACAGGGUAACCUGCUAUCUAGAUGUUUUAAAACCUCGCACAAAUGAGGGUCUGUGCACUCACAUUGUUGUCCCUUCGGCCUGGACCGACGAGGGCUUUGACAUCCAAAGCUUGUCGGAGUGUGAGUCUUAUACUUUUGAGAUGAUGAAGAGGAGGAGAAACCCAACCCAAAAGAAGAUUCUGCUUGGAUUGGAGGUCGAAGAACCAAGAUUGGCGUUGAUGUUCAGUAAUGACAGCAGUGUUGAAAACGUAAUUCACACUUCAGUGAAAUACUUGAAGGAGAAACGUUUUGAUGGCCUGGACUUGACUUGGGUGAACGGUCCCAUUUCUGAUGAAUCUAAGAACAACUUCAUGAGUUUUCUGGAGAAACUGAGAGGGGCGUUUGAGGAGGAAGCACGUUCAUCUAGUGAUCCCACUCUGCUACUUUCUGUGUCCCUGUGUCUUUGUGGAUUUGAUAUGCAGGAACUUUCAAAGGUUGUGGACUUCAUAACUGUUCUGCCUGUUCAGCUGGAAAAGGAUGGAGUGAACAUUGAGAGAACAGUUCAACAAUGGCAAGAUCAGCAGGUUGACCUAAAAAAGCUGAAUCUAGCCAUGCCUGCUUUUCUGCGACGAUCACAUAGAAAGCAUCACCACAAGAGCUCUACCAGCAAUGAAGACACAGAUCCAGAGAACGGAAAGAAAUAUCAUAUCCACGCCAUGGGCUUAAACUUGGCCAAUCAGGUCUGUCAGGCAGUAAAGAGCAGAGAGCAGUUCAUGACCCUAACAACUAUUUCAUAUGAAGCAAGUCUUGUCGAGCAGGUGCCAUGGUUGCUCCAAAAGGGAUUUGGUGGUGUAGCAGUUGUCUUCAUAGAUAUGGAUGUCUUCUGUAACUCUGUAUGCGAUGACAUCACUGAGGAUGAAAGGGCGAUGGUUGAAUCAAAGAAGAUUGCGCACCCUGAACGUAGAGGUGAUGUGGUUGCUGAUCCCCACUUUUGCCAUAGUCACGGACAUCACCAUCAGCAUCAUUCCCAAGAAAGCCAUGAUAUCGGGGACCAUCAUAGACAUCACCAUCAUCAUCCUCAUGGUCACCAUGGUCAUCAUCGUCAUGGUCACCAUGGUCAUCAUCGACGUGGCCAUCAUCGCCACCACCACCAUCAUCAUCAUCAUCAUCACCAUCACCCCCAUCAAUCUCCUCAAUACAAUACGUCCACGGAGCAACAGCCGGGAUUAGAGUGACCUCUAAAACGCAUAAUAUUUACUAAUCAUACAUCUUUCACAUUUUAGAAAUGAUUUGUUAUGGGUGGUAUUGAGCUUGGCUUAUAAAAUGGAUUAUGAUGGAAAUGAGGGUAAAUCAUAUUCAGUCAUCAAAUUCAUUUUGCACGGAAUAAAAAAACAUCUUUAGAGUACAACUAAGAUAUAUAUUCAGAAUUUUUUCUUGAUAAUUUAAAUUGCAUUUACAUUUAUUUAGUUAACGCUUUUAUCCAGUGUUAUCCUAUUUGUCAAAUAGUAGAAUCAUUAUUUUUCAAUGAAUUAUGAACUGGUAAUCCUGUAUGUUUUAUGAAAAUCAACUCAUAAUCAUUUUCUUAUCAUUUCUGAGAAGUUCACACUAUAAAUAUAUUUUGUGUGCAUUAUUUACAACGCUUGUGUGUCAAUGAAGCAUUAUUAAAUAAAUAUGUAGCCCAAACGUC